AUGGUCACCCCUCAGCCAAAGCCCGAUUCUAGUUACGCAUCGAACCGCUUGACGAGGCAGAAUUACCGCGGAGGACAUCUUCUUUCGACUUUCCAGAAUAAUGAAGCUCCAGAGCCUGUUACUAAGCCCGAACCGGCCACGGACGAUGAGCCUCUGAGCUCCAGCGAAGAGGAAACUCAAAGCAAUGCCGGUCUAGAUGACGAUAUCGGGAAUGAGCGCACGCCGCGUCGGUCAGGGCCGACUCUGGAGGAGAAACUAGCUGAGACUUCGAGAGAAAAUGGAACGCCAUCGCGAACCCCGCGAUCGAAGAGAGGAAUUGAUAGUCCGAGAGCUCAACGCUCGACUCAGUGUGGGUGGUCAUCACAACCCGUCAAGAAGUCCAGGGCCGACUAUGGAAAGAAACGCACCUCCGAAGUCUAUGUAAGAAAACCGAGCACGCCUUUACAAACGGACUCGCCUCCUUCCAGUCGACCGAAGCCGAAGUCGGCAGGUAAUUCGCCGAAUGCUGAGAAGAAAACAAAGGAUGUGGAUACGGAAUCUCAGAAGGAUGAUGGGUUUAAGGUCCCCAAGGAUAUUGACAUUAGAAGUCCGCCAUCUAAAUCGCGCUCAUCUCCCAAGUUCAAGGCCCCUCCUCCUCUUCCAAAUGAUAUUGUCUCUAGCUCCUCUUUUGCGCCUUCCUCCGCUCGAGAACCUGCUAUCUUUGACACCGAUGAUGAAGAUGCUUCGCCUCUCAGCUCCCCGCUUAGCGAGUUAUCUGAAACUGGUUUACAGGAUAUACUACUAGAUGAGGCGGGCGAUGUGCCGAAUCCGAAGGAGUCUUUGUGUCCCUGGUGUAAAGAACCUGUAGACCCAGAACUCUUGCUACGGUUUCAGUCACAGCCAAAACAGCGCAUUAGAGAACAGCAGCGGUUCUGCGAUUCUCAUAAGAAGACCGCGGCCGAGAAAGAGUGGCAUGAUAAGGGCUACCCAGCUAUCGAUUGGGAUACGUUCGACAACCGGAUCCAUAGCUAUUUUGAGGACUUGGAGAACCUUCUGGUUCCCGAUAGCCGGUCUUACUACCGAAACAUCCUGGAUUCGACAUUAAAAGCUGGAAAAGCCAAGAACUUUCGGCUGACACUGGAGGGAGAUGGUUUGGAGACCAUCUCUUGCGGUUAUUACGGUACUCGAGGCUCUGGUAAAAUGUUACAAGCUUUGACCACACGUUUCUCGCGGAAGCUACGCCGCCUGGCGGCCAGCGACCACAUUGUGAAGUCGGCGGGCGUUGUGGGUUACGCACAAGCAGUGCUCGUGCCUGAAUUGGCGGUCCGGCUGGUCAAGGAAGACAUGGGUGUCAGCGACGAAGACGCUCGGCAGAUCUUGCGCGACAGCAUCGAUCUAGGUGAAAAGUUAAACUUCGCAUUGAACGACAACGUUCCGAUUCCCGAAGCACUUGUGGGGCAUUCAGUUGAUGUGUAA